AUGAUGAAAUUUUCAAACAAAUUUGAAGUUUUGCUUUCACUGAUAACCGCUUCAGUCCUUGUGGUGACCGGCCAAAGGGCAAAGUUCAACGACAACGCAAGUGAAACUGCCUUAGGGUUGACUAAGCUUAAGGCCAAAGAACUUGCAGCCAACCCAAGUGCUUUGAUACACGAGGCUCUGCAUCUCGUGCGACGACGAAGAAAUAUUGAACCGAGAUAUGACGACCAAGUUAAGAGGAAUAUCCACGACAAAAUUGCCAAUUUGGCUAGCAAACAAAGAAUCGAAGAAGACUCAUCAGGAACGGAGAGAGAACAUUCAGUUGAUAAACGCCAGCUUCCUGAGGGUCUGGGUAUGUUAAAAGACUAUAUGGGUGUUGCUGAGAAUUCAGACAGAUUUCACCAUUUUACGGCUGGUCCACGAAAUGAAGACAGGUCAUACAUACGGGAAAAAAAGAGUCUGCAUGAAAAUGUAAGAGGAAUAUUAAUAAUGAUCUUAGUUCAACCUUUUUUUCCGUUGGACGUCUUUUUUGUCUUGGUGUGUUUUUUGUUGAAUUUUGGUUGAAAAGUUAGUGUUAUUGCUCGUUGCUAGUUUGUAUGUAAGUUUUUUCGUUUGUUUGUUUUUUCUUCCUUUUAACUUUGAUCGUUUGAUGCAUUUUUUUUUUAAAAAGGACGUGAUUUCUCUGUCGAAAAGUUCCCAAGACGAAAAGCCACUGGAUUUUAAUCCCAUGUCGCUCGAAGACUUGAUAAAAAAGAUGGCUCCCUUACUGAAAGGGAAAGAUGGAAGGGAUGGUAAAGAUGGAAAGGAUGGAAGAGAUGGAAGGGACGGUCCAAAAGUAAGGAGUUGCUAAAACUCGGUAAUCUUUACUAUAAAUUAAGUGAACAGAUUUAAUCACUUAUACCAAAAAACCGAAUCGAUCCAUUGAUUGGGAGAGGCAUGAAUUAAAAUGAACAAAUAGAUAAUUAGAUAAAUGAAUGAUUGUUUUUUCAAUCAUUGCAGGGUGACCCUGGCUAUCCCGGCCCUCCUGGACCAGCCGGCCCCUCUGGAUCAUCAAAGGUUAGCGGAAAAGAGUCUACAAGGCUCAUUAAUGAAUAAUAUCACCUAGUGGCUAUUGAAAACUCCGUAAAUCUAGCCUUUGCUUGACUACAUACAACAUAAUACGGCUUUUACUUCUGGAUGUGCUGAAGUCGAUCAUCAGUAGAGUGCCUCAUUUUGCUUUUUGUACUUUAAAGAAUACGCAAUUAGUACAAUCGAGUCCACUCUCGCUUGAUCAUGAUGUCGAAUCCACCUUAAGAAUACUGGGGCCCGAAUUUUUUCAGUCAUAAAGACACUUUUUUGCUCAUGGAAGCAGCCUUUUUUUUUGUUGAAAACAGAAAUUUGAGGAAACUCUCGAUAGUUAUAUUUUAAUGACAAAGGGGGGAAGACAACAAUUUCUUUGAUGAACAAAAAUAACAUCUAAGUUUCAAAUUUGAAAUGGUUAUGGUACAUGGGUAAGUGAUGAGGUAUUUGAGUUCACAAGCGACAAAAGAGAACAUUCUAGAGUCUCAUCAUCAACUUAUUUUUUUUCUCCUUUCAAAUGCAACUGGAUUAAAGGGGUGCGCUGAAGCGUAUGAAACUCGUGGUGUUGUUACUUCUUCAACAACUACGGACAAGGAGGUAAACUUUGUGAAUAACAACAACAACAAACAAUCGAAGAAUCGAAUAAAAUUGUAAGCUGGUUUGUUGGUCUUGAUACAAAGGAACCGAUGAUUUUUAUCACAUUCAACCGAUAGAAUGUCUGGAAAGCAACAGCACAGAGGAAGGACACCGAUCUGUGGUGCUGCACUUUUUACACAUUAUGUCAAGUGUGGUUAUAAUAUUUGAGUGAUUGACUUAUUGAUUGACAAGUGAGUUGUUGAUUGUUUAAUUGUCGAUCUAUUUUAUCGUUUUGCUUUCUUUUUAGGAGAAGCCAUCUGUUCAUGUGACGAGUGAUGGUAAAGCAUUUCGUUUCUCAGACGGUCUGGGUAAGUCAUAAUGCUACAACAAUGUCUACAAUGUCUAUCUAUCCUGAGUGCCAAAUGAAUCGUUUCUUUGUCUAACCGUGGGGACAUAUCUUAGGGUGAUAGACAAGAAAACCUGAAUCCGAUUUCUCAAACUCACACAUCUGGUCGUGAAUAUCGCAGAAUAUCUUAUGAGACAUUGCGAUCCUUAUCAUGAUUGGCGCUUUGAUUUUGGCAUUAUCAUAAACUUAUUUAAUGUUGACUGCUUUCUACAGACAAAAAUGUAUAAAUGAAAUAUUGUAUAUAUACAUAUGUCUCUAUUUUUCUCGAGCAGAAUAUUCCCACUGGUGCUCGGAGUGUCCAACUUCACAUCUGGCUGGAGGGAUAAAAUCCACCAACACAUCCUUGGAAAUUCCACGAGAUGGUCGCUACUUCGUAUACUGCCAAUUUCAUUUCCUUCAAACUGACAAUGAUAGGACAGGAUUUGAAAUCUUGAUCAACGGAAAUAUUUACCUGUCAAAAGUUGUGAAAGGUGAAGAAGCCACCUACUCUGGAGCUGUUUUUGUAAUGAAAAAGUCAAGUAUAGUAACAGUGAGACUUCUCGGUCAUGGCACCAUAGAAGGCGAUCAUACUGUCAACUUUUUGGGCGCGUAUGAGUUAUGAACGACAUAUUGAGCCCAGAAAACUGUCUGAGGUGACUUGAAAUACGCAGAAUUGUUCAAAGAGUUAUAAAAGGGUGUCUAGAACUGGUCAAGUAUGUUUCGACGGAAUUUCUAGGACAAGAGAGCUUGUUAUCAGGUCUCCAAUCGAUUUAGAAUUUGCUCAAAGGUAUCCGAAGUUCGUUUUUUCCAGGAAUGAUUUAUAGUGAUGUAUCAAGCUUGACUUUCUCAUCUAAAAUACAAAUUUUCUAGAGAUUGACGACAGCGGCGUUUUUCAAAGUUGUGAUAUAAAUGACUUCCUAGGACCAGGUUCUGAACCUAAUGUAAUAACACUGAAAGACAUUGACAAUCUAACAUUGGUUAGUAGCAGUCUGUUGUUUUUAAAUAAGAUGCAAGAUGUAGACCCAGUGUCAUCAACGCC